AUGGGGAGGUCGCCGUGCUGCUGCCGCGACGCCGGCGUGAAGAAAGGGCCGUGGACGGAGGAGGAGGACAAGGCGCUGAUGGAGCACAUCCAGAAGCGCGGCGGGAACGUCGGCAGCUGGCGCAGCCUGCCCAAGGCUGCCGGGCUGAAUCGCUGCGGCAAGAGCUGCCGCCUCCGGUGGACCAACUACCUCCGCCCCGACAUCAAGCGCGGCAAUUUCACCGACGACGAAGAGCGCCUGAUCAUCACCCUCCAUGCCAGCCUCGGGAACAAGUGGUCGACGAUCGCGACGCACCUCGAGGGCCGGACGGACAACGAGAUCAAGAACUACUGGAACACGCACAUCCGCAAGAAGCUCAUGCGCAUGGGCGUCGACCCAUUGACGCACCAGCAGCUGCCACCCGACCAGAGCAACCACCACCUCAACGCCACCUCCAUCGCCCACCUCAACGUCACCCACCAGCAGAUGCCGCCCGACCGAAACGGCGCCGCUGCCGCGCUCCUCCCCGGGGCGCUCCUCUGGGCGGUGGCAGCCGCGAGCCUCGGCGGCCUAGACACCGGCGCCCUCAUGCAGGCGCAGCUUCUGCAGCAGCUGCUCCAAGCCAUCGGCUCUAACAACAGCACCACCGGCCUCAUAGCUAACCUGGCUGCAGCAAACACAGUGCUCAACUCAAGCAGCAGUAUCGUUCGGAACCAGAUGAACUACCUGCAGCCGGGUUAUCUCUGCAACACCUCCAAUUUUGCAGAGCAGCACGUGGUGCAGCAGCAGCUGACCAACGAUACGUCUCCAGGGACGAGCUUCUUUGCAGCAGCUGAACUGGCUGAUCAGCUCUGCAACACUGCCGCUUCAUAUGAUGUUGCAUCCGCGGGUGACUGGUCACCGGCGCAAGAGUUUGGCGGCUUGCUGGAGCCCAUGAUGGAGCUGCCCGGGUUGUGCUCUCUCGAGGGUGGCUGUUUCUGGAAGGACAUAUUGGAAGACAGCUACCGUUUAUAGAUGUCUUGUGUAUGAAAAUUUUGUACAGUGUUAGAUCCAUCAUAAUGGUGUACUACAACAUUCAUUGAUUUGUUUGUGUUCA